AUGGCUGCCCAUCCCCGUUUGGACGGCUCGCGCACAGCGACGACGUCCGUCCCACUCCAGCCUCAGGUACAGCGGGCAUCCUUGAAGAAGACCGCACGCUACGCGACCGCCGUGCGAGAACACGAUGCCUCUCCUCCCGACCUUCUUACCGCCAGUCCGGCAAGACGGAUCGAACGUCAGUCGCUGCGACCGUACGCCGCCGCAAAGCCUGAAAAACCGACCGCCGCUCCCAUGAGACCCAGGAAGCCGUCUCAGGACAGCAGCUCGAGGUCGACGUACGGGUCCAGGACCGGCAGUGCAGGACGUCAAUUCACCGUUGCCAACAUCGCCAAUGGAGGGCGCAUCUAUCUUCGACCUGUGAUACGACCCGGAAAUCAACGCUCGCAACCCCCGCCGACCCAUCCGCCGUUCGUCUUUCCGCCCGACUCCCCACCCGACAGCUCUGGCGAAGAAGCCGUGCCGUCGCGACGCCCGACCAGCUCCGUGGAAAGAGAGUCUCUGUUCUCCGCUGCGCAUGCCACGCCGCAAAAGUUGGUCCUGCGGAGCAAGUCGCACCACCUGAAGAAGCCCAGCCAGGAAGAGCCGACGCCGCCUUUGCGUGGAACCCCUCUGAAGAAGCACACGCGAUCGCACUCCUUCUCCACCGUCGACGAGCAUGCGAGGCCGAACCUGGACCAGCCCGGCACGUUCAAAGUCGUGAUCCACAGGCCAUCGGUGUCGAAGCCGCGAGAGAAGGACGCCGACAAGGGCCUGCCCGUGCUGGAAGUUCCCAUCCCGCAUUACCGACUUGGAACGCCCCAAUUCGGCGCUGGAGGUAGGGCCAUCUUGCGCAGCUCGCUGUACACGCGCAGUUCAGAUCGCAUGGAUCCCCGCUCCUCGAACGCCUCCAAUGCCGGCUACGAUCGGCUGCUUCGUACGCCGUCCGCGAUGCGGUCUUCCUACGUGAGCAGACGGCACUCAGAAGCCUAUCCGGCGCCUUUGUUCAGCAAGAAGAGGGCCACCGCCGAAAUGCUGGACCCCAGAGCUUCUCUGCCUUCACCUUCGGAGGCUCGCUACUCCAUCGUGGCUGUUGCCUCCCAUCUGUACGACUUUCUCUGCGCUCGGCCAGACGAUCCAACCGUGGUGCGGUAUGCGCCCAAUUCCAACACCAUCGUGGCAGCGACACCCUCGAGGCUCGUCGCCCACAUAACUUCUCCCAACUUUCUCGACUACGAGCUGUUGUCGGACUUUUUCCUGACGUUCAGAGCGUUUCUGCAACCCGACGAACUCGUCUCGUUUCUGGUCUCGCGCCUACGCUGGGCGGUGGACAGGCCGGACGAUUUCGGCCGCAUCGUACGGGUCAGGACGUUCGUUGCGCUCAGACAUUGGAUACUCAACUACUUUGUGGACGAUUUUCUCGCCGACUUUGAUCUGCGGACGCACUUCUGUGACCUCGUCAACGGCGUGUACGAGUAUCUAAAGAACAGGCCGGACGGUGGUGCCGGAGAUAUAAAGAUCAUCGGAGAGCUCAAAAAGUGCUGGAGGAGGACCGUUGCACUUUACUGGGACAAUCCGGAUCCCUUCGCCCGAGAGACGGCGGACGACGAUAUCGUGCCCGGCGGCGACCUUGACGCCAUCACGACGGAAGGAAGCUCGAGUCUGAGAGCGUUGACACCGGCUCCAAACGAUAUCAAGGAGGCGCAGGCUGCAAAGUUUGCUACCCUGCAGCAGCAAACGCCUUCGACUACCAAGGCGAAGCCCAGCAAGCAGCUCGUUUCGAACGGUGCCCAACACGCGCACAAGCCGUCGAUGACUUCCGUUCCCAACUCAAUGCCUCAGUCGAACCGCACAGGUCGGACGGAGCGGACGGAGCGGACGGAGCGGACGGAGCACACGGUGUAUACCGAACUUGCGAGCGACACGAGCCCGAAAGUUUUGUCUUGCUCCAUCCCCGUAAAGUCAACAUAUCGGAUGGGAAACGACGUCCCCCUCUAUCCCCAUCCCGUCCCAGUCCCAGCGCCCACGCCCGUUCUAACAGGCCCGUCAACGGUAAGAGCGCCGCAGUCCGUGUACGGGCACAGACCCUCGCCAGCCCCCUCCGCUCGAGACAGCCAUCAGCCGUCAGAAGUGUCAAAGUCCAGCAGCACGGAGCUUGAAGUGCCCUCUCUGUAUAUCGUCCCAGGAAGCUUGGUCCGUGGCGUUCUUUACCAGCCAGAUUCUCCGUACUUCGACGUCCCUCCGCCAAGCAGCAUCCGGAGCACCAGGUUCAAUCCUUCGGUGGAAUUCGAGGAAUCGACGGCGUCUCAUGCAAGCAAGAACGGCGUUCAGGCUAGCCCUGGCGUGAAAAAAUUCUUUGGCAGUGUGCGCAAGGCUCUCGGGCACAAGCACGGUGCGCCGUCCGAAUACAUCUCCUCGGAGCGUUCUUCAUCACCCUACGAUCCGCCUUCCCUUCGGACAACCAAUUCCACGCCAGAAGCAGGCCACCGCCCGCCCGCGCCCAAGAAGAGCGUGCAGGGACUGAAACCCAGGCCGCAAGUACGGAUAGAUCUGCUUUGUGCGAAAGCAUCCGAAUCAUUCAGGCUCGCCGUAGAGGCUGGUCUUGGCGAAGACCAGGCGUUCGAACGAGACAUGCGGGCGUACGCAGAUAACGUGACCAGAGAACGAGAUCUGCUCGCUCCAGGAAAGCAGCCGUUUGAUCGAAGCGUCACAGUUGGAAGCCGAUCCAUUGUCAUUGUGGAUGACACCAAGCCAGACAUGCCCACCAUGUCUGGAGCCAUUCGGCCGCCGAGCGACGUGCCUAGUGAGGGCCAUGUCAACGGGGUCAACCGAUUGGUCAACGGUCAAAUGGCGCAGAGAGACGCUGCAACGUCCAUCGACGGGGUGGUGUUCGGUUCAAAGGUAAAAUCGAACUCACUCGUGCCUCCCCCCGCAGUCUAUCAGCCCACAGGAGUCAAACGAUCAAAGACGACCAGGGAAGUACCGUCGAGAUUUGAAGAAUCGCAGGCCAAGCGUUUUACAAGCUCGUCUGGCAUGUCGACCCUGCGUAGGUUUGCAUCCUAUCACAGCGGUGACGCCAAAUUCUCACCAGACAGCGUGAAAGAGGAGAAGCGCAGAUCGACUGACAGCGACGAGUUCGUGCUUGGAAAGCCGCCCUUGCGUCAGCUGCGAAGACGUCCGGGGGGGGACUUGAAGGCUGUGGAUAAAGUCCACGACCUCGCACAUGCACAACCAAAUCGUCAUCGUCGUAAUUCUACGGGCUCGUCGAUCAUCGAUUCCAUUAUUCUGCCUUCAAAAGAGGUGUCCACUGCAGCCGCAAACCGAAGCUUUUCAAAAACUGACGUAACGCCGAAGAAGAGGAGACGAUUCGGCGAGCAGGACGAAGAAGGCACACCGGUCAGGCGAAAAUCAAUCUCGCUCAUUCAAACGCACUCGUCGCAGCCAAAUCUUCGUCCGUCAUUUGAGGCCGAGGUUGCCAAACUUGCGGCUCUGCCUGACGAUGAGGACGACGAUGGCGGCAUAGAAGCGGCCCUGCUAAAGCUUGAGGGCAAAUACGAGAAGAAGACACCAAGUAACUCACCGAGCAAAGAAGAGUUCCCCCCGCAGACGCCGGUCAACAAGGAACCCAAGUCGCCUGAUAGCGUCGUAGAGAGCCCUGAAAGUCGGAAGCACCGCCAUCACAAGGAGCAUGUGGAGGAUAUCCAUCCAGAUCAACCACUUCCGACGCCGUUGGUAGUACAAACCACAAGCAUCCAUCAUGUGUCUCAGUCAUCAGCCGCUUUGUCCCAUGCUCCACGUCAUCGGCCCACCGGAUCCGUAGCCGCCACCGAGGACUCUUACUCAUCUAUCCCACUGCUACAGCGGGGAGUAUCAUCCAUUAUCCCACGCAAGGGAAAAGCGUCCAACGAGUCGGACGUUGCGAUGAAUCCCCCCCAUUCUACGACAUCAUCGGCGAACAUCAAGGCGGCCGAUAGUAUGCGACUCGGCACUCCCUCAUUCCGGUCACCAAUCAUGCACGAAUCGUUCCUACUUGAUGACGAUGGCUCUGACGCUGUCUACGACCCUUACGAUCUUGCGGCGAAGUCAGACUCAGGCAGCCAAGACAUGCGUAGUUUUCUCGACGACGAGCAUCUGAGCGAAGCUGAACCUGGCGCCGUGUUCAUGCACCUUUUGCGCCACCCAGACACGCCUCCUGCAGGCCGAGACCCAUACGCGGUGAAGCCUCCAGACAGUAAUGACACCACCUUCAACCAGGGCUUGCCUACGCCAGGAAUGACACCAGUCAUCAAGGAUCCGACGUUGCCCAUCUCGCCUGUAUCUCCACUGCACUCGAUGCCGUCCAAACAGGGCCUCACGGAAACGAUUUUAAGACCACACGAGGCUCCUGCCCGAAAAACUUCGCCACACCCUCCCGCGCAUCUGCCAUUCAUCCUUGCCUAUGACCCUCAGCUGCUUGCCCAGCAGUUUACACUCAUUGAAAAGGAUGCCCUCGAUGAGAUAGACUGGCGCGAGUUGAUAGAGCUUCGGUGGUCUCAAGCAUCGCCCACCGUUCACGAUUGGGUGCAGUAUCUGAAGGCAGAAGAUCCUCGUGGCGUUGAUUUAGUCAUUGCUCGAUUCAACCUUGUUGUCAAAUGGUUGCUUUCGGAAAUUGUGCUCACUGAGCUCUACGAGGAGCGUGUUCGCUGCGUCGUGCAGUUUAUCCGCAUCGCAGAUCAAUGUCGCAGGGUCAGGAAUUUUGCAACUAUGUAUCAAAUCACCAUUGCGCUCCUCAGCGCGGAGUGUGCUCGUCUGAAGCGCACUUGGGAGCAGGUGCCUCCGGCCGAAAUGCAAACGUUUAGAGAGUUGGAGAAGAUCGUACAGCCAGUACGGAAUUUCCAAAACCUUCGACGAGAAAUGGAGACGGGUAACAGCGAGGAAGGCUGCAUUCCUUUCAUCGGCAUCUACACCCGCGACCUCGUAUACAACGCUCAGAAACCUGCUGUUAUCGAGUCACCCCCACUCAACGCGAAUGAGCCUCUGGUCAACUUUGAGCGCCAUCAUACCGCAGCUUCCAUCGUGAAGAGCCUUCUCCGCCUCCUUGAGGCUAGUUCGAAGUACACUUUCCAAAUCGAUCCGCAGCUGAUAUCGAAAUGUCUUUGGCUAUCUGCACUCUCUGACGAAGAAAUUUCACGACGAAGCCGACAGUUGGAGCGUUGA